GUCAAAAUAUAAAUUUUCUGAUUCUCACUGUUUUGUUUUGUAAAUUUUGUAGUUUUCGUGAUUGUUGAUUCAUUCUCAUUAAAUUAUUCAUCUAUCUCUUGUUGCUAAAAACAUUGAAUACAAAUAUGAAUUGCUUUGAAAAUGUUACUAUGCCAUCUUGCGUUUGGUUUGAAAGUGGAGAGAAACGUAACAUCGUUGCAUCAAUAUUUGCAGGACUACUGUUCUUCACAGGAUGGUGGUUCAUAAUAGACGCUGCCUCGGUGUACCCCGGAAACCUCCCGAAUGCUGCUCACGUCUGUGGCGUGAUGGCAACAUUAUCACUUGUGAUGGUUAAUUCAGUGACAAAUGCACAAGUGCGUGGUGAGACAUACACGGGAGGCUGCAUGGGGCCGCGCGGUGCUCGGCUCUGGCUGUUCCUUGGCUUUGUGCUCGGCUUCGCAUCACUGAUAGCUGCCUGCUGGAUCUUGUUUGCUAACUACGUCAAUACUGGUGCAGAGAAGCAUGCCUGGCCCGGUGUGAGCCUCUUCAUGCAGAAUGCAUUCAUAUUCGGAGGAUCCCUAGUAUUCAAGUUUGGGCGCACUGAAGACCUUUGGGGUUAGAUAUCCACUUUAUACUUAAGCUUAGACCAGUAAGGAUGAUAUUAGUCUCUAGUAUUUUUUUAACUUAGUCACCCAGAUUGUGUUGAUUAUAUUAUGUUAUACAUGUUAAUUUUAUGGUGUUCUAUGAUCUGUUAACUGGCUUUUGCAUCUGAUAUUGGUAAACCAAGUAUUUUUUUAAUUCAUAAUAUCAGAUUCUGACAGGAUUUACUUUACCUAACAUAUUACAAGGAGAUAAUGUGAAUUUGUUAUACAGAAGGAAACCCCAUUUUUUUAUUAUUUUUCAUAUUAUGUCAUGUAUUACCUACAGGAUACUUUUGAACAUUCCUAUUUUGAUCAACUACCUAGCAAACAGAUAUUUAUUACUUAAUUUACUGAUGGGGCAUUCAUUUCUAUAUUUCAUUUUGAUACACACAAAUAAAUUUUCACAAAUAAAUGUUCUAAUCUGUUAGCAAUUUCAUAUUUAACUUAUUUAAUAAUCAUAUUUUGUAUAGAAAAGUACAGCAUUAAAUAAUUAUACUUACUCUCAAAAACU